AUGGAAGGCGGUGCACAUCUGUCUAUGGCCAUCGACAAAGCCAUGGAUACCAUUCGCCAGCUUCGUGGCCUCGGCGUGGAUGCGGAUGUCGAUUUGCCUCGCAUCUGUGUCGUCGGCAAGCAGAGCUCCGGCAAAUCGUCGGUGAUGGAAGCCCUCACAGGUAUUGAGGUGCCACGCGCAGCGGGCACCUGCACGCGGUGUGCCUUCGAGAUCUACACGGCCUCCUCUGCUGUCGACUUCGAGUGUACGGUCAGCGUGCGCUGUGCAGAGCAGUCAAGGCUGGUGCUUGCAGAGAGUCACGAGAAAUCCGAGGUGGCUGAGAUGUUGCGCUUGGCGCAGGAGCUCCUCCUAAGCCCUGUGGGCUUGGAGAAGUAUCAGAAAAAGCUUCAGAAGCAGCGAGAGAAGCAGGGCAAGCAGGGACUCCUCAACUUGGAGUCCUUGCGUUGCGCAGCGCGCCCAGAAAACUACGAUGACGAUGAGGACAGCAGGAGGCAAUUUACAAAAGAUGUCGUCCAGGUGGACAUCAAGGGCAAGGGGUUCAAGGACUUGCAGUUGAUCGACCUCCCAGGCCUCAUAGCAUCAGGCGGAGAGGAGCUGGUGGAGCUUAUUCGAGACUUGUGCUGCGAGUACUUGAAGCGGGAGAACACGCUGAUUGCCAUGUGCUGUCCCUUUGAUGACGACUUAGAGAAUCAAGAAGUCAGGAGCUUGGCAAAACGGUACGACCCCGAUGGCCUUCGCACUGUUGGGAUCCUCACGAAGCCCGACAAGAUCCCGGAAGGACUCGAGGCACAGCGCCGGAACCUGCUUCGCAACCCGGAGGGCCCUUAUCGGCUUCAGCAUGGAUACUUCGCGGUCAAGAACCCGGCGCAGAAUGAGAUAGAACGCGGAAUCACAGCGAGAGAGGCCCGGACCCAGGAGGCGGAUUUCUUCGGAGAGUGGCAGGAUGCGCCGGAUCGGUGCGGAACCGAAAGGCUCCGCGAGUUCUUGGGCGAGCAGCUGCACCGCCUCAUCGUAGAGCAGCUGCCCCCGUUGCGAGCGGAGCUGUCUGAAAAGCUUGAAGAGGCAAAGCAGGAACUCCAGGCGAUGGGAGGUGCUGUGAAACCGCAGGAGGCAAUGACUCACCUGGUGCGUCUGAUUGACAGCAUCCAGAACCGCCUUGACAGCUUGGUGGAGGCCAAGGAUCGCUCUGAGUUGAGCCUUUGGAAGGGUGUGGAGAAAGCGUACCUGGACUUGCGUGAGGCCUGCUACGCUUGUCGGCCUGUCUUCCAUGUGUGCGACACGCCUUUGGAUGACAGUGACCUCACGGAUGCCGCCAGAAAAGUGGAGCUGACGAGUUGGGAGGAUUGGCAAAACCUCACACGACACAUGAACCAUCGACGCAUUCUGGACCAAGACAUCGACAUGCGGUGGGGGUCGUUCCAACUUCGCAAGGGGUCUCGGGUCGUAGGGCCUCUCUGGAGCAAGCUUCCGGGAAGCUAUGGGAAGCCGCUCUGGAGUGUGAAGCAGAAGAGUGCAGCACCAGGUUGGCAAGGUGGCUGGCAGGCAGAGCCGACCAUCACGGUUGACAGCCAGGGUAGAGAGGUGACGGUGAAUGUUUACAGCACGUAUCGCUGGCGACCGGCAGAGCUGCUGAAGGAGAAUCCGCCGUGGCCGGUGGUGGUGUUCGUGCAGCCACCUCUGGAUGAAAGGGCCAUCACGACCCUCCCUCAUCUGAAGAAGCUGAUCGAGGAGAAAAGAGGUCGCGAGCUGAGGUUGCCUGGGGGCCCGGCGCCCUAUGUCGCUGCGCAGGUGGUGAUUGCCGAAGCAAUUCAGCAGUGGCGGGUCCCAGCCGAAAGAUGCAUUUCAGAUGCCAGACGCCAGAUGGAGGAUGCAAUCUGCCACGUGGUUUCCGAGGUGACGAUGCCAUAUACGGCUUUGUUCGAGACCGUGAAAAGCUCACUCCUGUCCACCCUGUCAGAGGCAUUUGCAGCCUGCCAGAGGGGAACGGAAAAGUUGCUUCAGCAAGAGCAGUCUCCGGAUCUCUUCACUCAGAAUGACCACUACUUGCAGGACAGCUUCCACAAGGCCCGAAGAAUGGUAAAGCGGCUUCUCGGCCUGGUGGUGGAUUUUGACGAGUUGGAGCCCGAAAAGCAGACGCAGCUUCGGCAGCUUCUACGUGAGAGUGGCCUGCAGUUGUGUGCUGACGUGACCGAACCCUCGCAGGAUGACGAUGCAAUUUGGUGCCUUUGCAUGGCGCACGCGUACCACAAGGUGGCCUUCAAGCGCUUCUGUGACCAGCUUCCCCGAGAGGUGGACCACAUGCUAUUGCGCCCUGUGGUCUGCAAGAUCAAGGAGAACAUCUGGAACGGUCUGCAGGAUGCGAUCCAGGCAGGAAAUGUGCAUCAUUUCUUUUUGGAAGAUCAGAGGACGCUAGAGAAGCGCAAGCAGCUGGAGGACAAGGUGACACGCCUCUCCCGCGGAUUGCGGCUGCUUCAGGAGUAG